AUGCUUACUGAAAAAUUCAGUGCUAUACUUCAAAAUAAGCUACCACAAAAACUUGGUGAUCCUGGCAGUUUUACCAUUCCAUGCACUCUGAGAGGAGUAUAUUUUGAAAAAGCACUUUGUGAUUCUGGAGCUUCAAUAAAUUUGAUGCCAUUUUCUAUCUUUAGAAAAUUGGAUCUUGGUGAAAUGAAAGACAUAGGUGUUUCUCUUCAGUUUGCAGAUCAAAGUACUAAGAAACCUAAGGGAAUAAUUGAAAAUGUGCUUGUAAGAGUAGAUAAGUUUGUGUUCCCUGUAGAUUUUAUAGUGCUUCAAAUGAAAGAAUGUCCUGAUGAACCGAUAAUUUUGGGUAGACCAUUUCUUGCUACAGGAAGAGCAAUCAUAGAUGUUCAUCAAGGGCAACUAAUCUUGAGAGUUGCUGAAGAAAGAGUCAUUUUUGAUAUGCAAAAGAUACUAAGAUUUUCAGGAGAUGAGACAUCAUCUUCAUGCUUUUCUAUUGACAUGAUUAGUGAUCUUGCAGAUGAAUUCAAAGAUGAUCAAUUAAUUUCAGACUCAAUGGAAAGAU